AUGGUCGCGCUCACAAUCUCCCUACCACCGGUACAUCUGGAACAGAUGCACGCUCUCGAACCCCCGUCGCCCAACCACCUCACGCCCGCCUCGAUUGAUGAACCAUUCCAUCUCUACCUGGCGCCGAGUGGUGACUCGGCAACGACCCUCGUCGGACCUCUCAAGAUUAUCAAGAUUAUCGAUUGCAAUCCGCUAGAGAAGGUCCCUUCCAAGGUCCCCAGCCUCGACACCAGCACCUCGGGCUCGGUCACGCUGGACGGCGACGCCCCCACAAAGGUAGCCAAGGCCGACAAAGCGAGUGCCAAAGCAGCAAAGCGCCAGGCUCGCCGUGACCUCAACAGGGCCAAGCGCAAGGCCGAGGCUGCUGCCGUCGAGCGAAAACAGCAACCGUGGGAAGUGACGCUUGGGGACAUCGGCACUUCCGCACAGGGACCGUCACAAUCUGCAACGACCCAAAUAGACUCGUCCCGUUUCACAGUCCCAUCCGAAUGCCGCUACGGCCGUACACUCCCCAUCUUCACGUACGAUCUGUCACACGCACCAGCUGUGGCUGUAGUUGAGACCCUCGUCGCCGACUACGGCGCAUGGAGUAUCACCUUGACCGACCCCUCGUACCGGAUAUUCCUCUCUCCCGCACUCGAUGUCGCAAUCAGCUUCAAGGUCGUGCGCAGCUUGCGCGUAGCUGUCGCCUUUGGUGACCCCGUCUGUCAUCCUGCUCGCCUUCCCAGCGCGGUAGCCGACUUCCACGCGUUUUGCAGAGCGCGGGGUUGGGGGGUCGCGUUCGUCGCGGCGCGCUCUGCCACGGCCAAGGUUGCCCAAGUCACAGGCUGGGCGACUGUACAAUUUGCGGUCGAGCAGAUCGUCGAGCCAGCCAGCAACCCCGUCCUUGACGGCACACGUGGUCGCAGGCAGGCCCUUGUUGUGAAGAAGCUCGCGCGCGAGGCACCUGUGCAGAUCUACCGACCAGUUGAAGGACGGAACGCCGAGCUCGAGUCGCAGCUCCAGGAGGCAUACGAAACUGUGUAUGCUGUCAAGGAAGAACGUGAUGGCGCACCGUACAGCACCAAGCUACGCCUCUUCGCCCUUCCUAACCUCUCAACUGUCUUGUACACCACCGACUCAACCGGCCUUCCCAACGGCAUUGUCGGCCUCCUCCGCGUCGGCGAAGGGAGGUACCUCCUCGACCCGCUCGUGGCGACCCCGUCAGCACCUACCGGCACGACAGACUACCUUACCGUCUUGGCCAUGGGGUACGCGCGCCGUCUCGGUGCCUCCCUCUCCUUCGGCACCGAGCCGACGCCCAACGUUGGUGAGGUGUACGGUAUGAGGCGGUUCAUGGAGGCCGAGACGCGCCUGGUGCACGCCGCGACAUACACAGCAUUCGGGAUGGACGGCAAGAAGACGCUGCACAAGUUCCAUCCAUCUCGAAGCGAGGCACUGCACUUGGUCCUCGGGAGCAGCGGCGUGCUCGGACAGAGCGCGGCAGCAGCUGCGAUCUGGAAGGCAACACAUCUCCAUUACCGCCCAGUUAUUGCGCCAUUGGUAGGCCUCGUUGAGCAGCGUCAGGCGGGAGAGACGCUUGAGGCCAUGCUCUCCCUUCUGGUGGAGCGGGGCCAGCUCAGGCCCUAUUUGGAACAGUGCAUUUCUUCCGGAAGCGACACGGCAUGCGAAGGGCCAGCCGAGGAUUAG